GUCAAGUUGUCGCCACGUCGCAUCUUACCUCGGAACAAACUGGUGGUGCGCAAAACGCCGGUGCAUUCUUGGUGCGAACACAGCAGAUUGUUGCAUCUGAUGGCCAGGACACCACAGGCGCUACACCUGUUAUAGCCUCGCAGCGUUCCCUGUUUUGCAAGAAGAUGAAGAUGCCGAGGGACGAGGGAGAGGAUAGGAGUAAGACUCAUAGGCAAUCGUUAAACUCGAGCGAAUGCGCGGCCGCGACAUACUUCGUGGACAUGUGGACGAAGAACGGCAACGAGCGCGAGAAGCUCAAAUACAACAACAUCGACGUCGCGAGCCCGUUCUGCACAGACUUGGCGUUAAAGGGUGAGAAAAUAGUGAUCGAGAGCAGUGGGUCGGACGUGCAGGAACAGAAGGUGCUUUGCGCGGAAGCCAUGGAUGUCGUAACGCAGCACAACCUCCUAGAAGACGGAUUGCCUCUGCCGACGGAUGCAGACAGUCCUGGCGAGGGACCACUGGGCGCGCUGUGGUGGACUUGGGAGAGCAUUCGUGUGCUGCUGAGCGCUGAGUUCUUUCACCGAGACAUCAGACCCGAGAACUUCCUUAAACAUCGCUCUUCGACCUCAGCUUCCGACCCCUUCUGGAUAGCCACCGACAUGGGCUUCGUGUGCAGCUAUGGCAGGCGUCCCCCGGCGGGCGUGUUGGAGUGUAGUCGUAGUGGGAUGGCUGGAACGGAAGGCUAUACAUCGCCCGAUCAUUUUCAUUUUCUUCGCGGAUCCUCACGGUCACGCCCACCCAUUGGGGCUGAUAAUAUGGCGAGAGGAGACUCUUUCAGCUGGGCGGGCACAGUCAUUGACGCGCUUGCACCAGACCACUUCGGCGACAAUAUGCCAGGCCUUUUUACUUUGUUAGGGUUGCAGAGGGAGAAUUUCGCUGACAUAGAUUAUGUUCCUCCACGUGCACACUCACAGAUUGCUACUGCUCCUAGUCCUAGAAGGGGAACUUGUUCAGGCCGUCAAAGGUAGAUGCAGCAAAUUCUGAGGGGACACAUGAAUACUUAAUCAAGAAACGCAUUUUUACGAAAUUACCUCGAAUAAAGCGAGUACCGAAAAGCUGGGGAGAUACUGGUGAAAGCGAUGAAGGCCUGCCCAGACUCGGUUUUGCUUAUGACGCAAGGACUUCUAUUUCUGCACUGGUUUCGAUGUCGUUUAUCAUGAUUCGUGUCUUAAGUCUAAUCGUCUCAAACUCAAACAUGAGCUCAGUUGCCCACAACCCACAGACAUGCUCCCUCUCUUUCAUAUCGCUGAACAUGGCGAAAGAAGUCCAAGCCGUGGAGACGCGAUGGAUAAUAUUUAAAUGGUUGAAGUACUUUCCACCGGCAGACGCGGUGGAAAUCACGAAAGCGGGAGAGUUGCUGAAAAAGUUAUGUUUGUACAUAACAUAUUCGUUUUUAUUUGCUUGUCUUGAAAAUAUAGCACUACCCCCGUCCCUUCAGUUUCAUCACGUUGCUUGGCUACAACUCGUUGAAGCUUGACAAGGCUACUCCGCACUAAGAAUUUCUCUUCUAUCUGAUUACCGAUCAUGGUUGAGACAAUUGACAUUUGGAAUAUAUUUAUAAAUAUUAAGCAAGUAAAUUCCAGAAUAGUUCUGAGUUAAUGACUCUCACUCUUAAGUCUUCACUUUGAUCGGCUAUUGCAGUUGUUCAACAAGUAGUUUGUUGAUCGUACGUUCGUAAUUAUAAAUAUAAAUAUUCAUCUUAAUAUGUAAUAUAUGUAGUCGUUCUCGUUGCAUCUGGCUCGUCUGGCAUCGAUCUUGCCGACCUUUCAUCUUGAGCACUCAGAGAAGCCAUGGGCCUGAGCAAUGAAGAGGGACAGAGUGAAGAAGCCAAACAACAAGAACUACAAGGUACUGCGAAUUCUAGUUUAAAGAAGUUACUAUCUUCCAAGCCAUCCGAUGAGGGUAAGACUUUUAAGUACAUCUGCGUGUGUGAUAAGGCGCCACACGACAAAGAGGUGGAAUCAUCGUCAGGCCCUUCGAAGAUACACAAUGGACAAUGAAUGCCCUUCGAAAUAAGAUAAAUUUCCAUUACUACUUGUGUGCACAAUUUUUGUAGGAUGUAAAAGCUUUUACUUUGUGCAGGAAGGAAACAGAAAGAGACUCCUUGAUGUCACAGGAUAUGCAGCUAUUACCUCCCAACACCGCUCCAGCUCGAGCGCGGCUCCAAGCGGUUGAAGCAACGAAGCUCAAGCCGUUGCCGCACGCAGGCACAAAGUCAGAGCCCAUCUCAGCAAUUAACCUCCUCGCGCAAAUACUGGUUGGCAACCCAUGGAAUUUGGAACGCAACACGAGCGACGGAAGAAAUGGCUAUGGCCCGGACAAGUUCUACAACUGGCAGAAGGUUGACGAGAAGGACAGCAUAUAUACAGUCGCUUGCGCCAAGAUUUACCGGCAGUCGUCGUAGCAACUACAGCUUUUACGGAAAUUCCUAAGCGCUUACAUGAUGGCAAUGGCUACGCUUACGCCAUUAUAGUGAUUCUUUUGAGCCUGAUUCUGAUGCAUGCACCUUCGCCGUCUCUCUAUAGAAUGAAGAUCUUUUGGGAAUAGAAUAGAAAUUAAAAGUGCGGGUGGACAUUUUGCACUCCUCUUCUAUUCAUUGGGCGUGACCGGUUGCGAGGAUUUUCAUUUUGCUUUUGACAAAUUGUAUUAUAUAUGAGAAGAGUACUGCCAAUCUUUCUAAUACAACUCCUUCCAGUGCUGAUGUUGCGGUGGGUCGUCGGGAGGCUCUCUACCCGGGAAUUUUAGGAGAGAAGAGCCAGUUGAAGACAUGGGUACGAAUGUAUGUGAUUAUGACCAAGUAGAUGACGCUGAAGAGGAUCAGUAUGUGACUAUGGCCAAGAUGUCUAUGCAAUUGAGCCAGAACGUGCUACGAUUAUAUGAUUGAUACUCAUACUGGACAAGAGGAUGUCCAGUCACUCGUAACUCCAUUGAACGAAAAUACUAGUAGAAGUAGUAGCACAACUGGCACGAAGGAGUAGGUGAUGGCAAAAAGUUAGAAUGUGAGAAGAAUGGCUAGAGCUAAAAAAUAUGAGAUGUGUUUGUGUUCGUAAAGAGAAAGCCGAUAUAUCGGAUGAAGCCGAAACGUUUCGGAUUAAUAGCAAUGCGUGUACCUCGAAUGCAUUUUAAAGUCAUUUUUCUUACCACGGCCCCCGACAAAGACAAGCAAAAAGAUUAUAAGAUGAUUUAUUAUUGGCACUUAUGAGAAGACGAUGACGAAGCAGGUCUAAUACAGGAAAAUGAAAAACAGAAGCUGUCAGAAAUCGAAGAAUAGCAAUGAGGCUUUCGUGAAGAUAUGAAAAAAUAUGUAUAAGACAUCCGCAAAACUUGCUAGGAAUUAAACUGAUGAUUAACGAUGAAAACACAGGUAAACUUUGGAAGUAAAAAGAGAAUCAUUUAGAGAAGUCAGGCAUAAGAUAAAGAUGCUCUUCUUGUUGGCUCCUAGUCUGUUUCGCGCUCAAAGUAAAAAAAGGCAAACGGUGAUAUAUUCUUCUAUCAGUCUCCCUCUGGGCGAAUGAACCGUACAAACGUACGCAUAGCCAUAGUCUUUUUAUCCUCAUGUACAGAAGACGACCGAUAAAGAUAUACAUGACUCAUAUGCAUACUUCGGUAAAGCAUUACUUGACAUCAGAUUAAAAGUGACAAUAAAUAAACGUUAGUUUCAACUUCAAGAUUGACCAUUAACAGGCGUAGUGCGAAAUUCUCUCAUCCUUGCAAUGAGGAAAAGUUUCAGAUUCAGUUUCACAGAAUUAAGCCAAUAAAGCCACUAGGCCAGAGCCC